AUGGUUGGAAAUGGUUGACCAGAAACACUAGAAAUGGUUGUACAGUCCGGUGCUGAAAAAGCUCGGUUCCAUCGUUCCUUACGGAUGGUUCCAGUAUCGGUCAGUGCGAUUGCGCAAAUGCACCGUGGCGUUUGAUGCUCUCCCCAUUCGCUCCCGGGAGCGUUAAACACUGGGUGGUGACUGUCUGCCGUUAUGUAAGUGGCGCCCAUUUAAGGCUCUCGCCGAUGGUAUGCCGCUCGCCGGCACUGGACUGCUGCUGGAAGCUGGAUGCUGGCAGCAGUGCUGAAGACUCUCCCAGCACGGGUUCUACGCGGAUGCGCCGAUUUGAGGGGGUUUGAGAUGAAAAUCUGCGACUCGGCCACCAGUUACAGAUGUACCGUUCGCGUGAUUGGCUGCACUGCAGGCCUGUUCCGGUAGUGUUUCGGGAUUGUUCGGCGGUGAAGUAGCACUGCCAGACCGCUGUCAGGAACGAGCGACGAGCUUUCCUCCCACCAUCCUCCCAGCUUCCUACUGAAAGAUCAGCAACUCUAACAUCACCCUUUCCCACUUCCCUACCCGGGUUUCUUGGUUUCCUUCACCCGCGCAACUAACGCCAACACGUACUCGUAGUUGCUCUACGUGCGUUCCCCGGUGGGGUGGGGCGCAGAAACAAACGACCGCACGUUUGCAGAUGGAACCGCCGCUGGAACACGCACCAACCAAAUGCACGGCAAUCAAGCACAUCGAUCAACGCUUCAGGAAAAACCUAACACACGUUACACGCAAUACUCGGUUGUGCUUGUGCGAAACGUACGGACACAGUUAGUGCGUACUUUGCAGUGAUGUAAAAGUGAUGUAAAAAAAUCUUUUUUUUUGGGGACUGACAAAAAAACCCAAAAAAGCUAAACAAUAAGCGCAAAAGAAGAAGAAAAACUUAAAUACAAAAAAAAGGGUGUAGCAUCUCGAUGGAGCAGGAACCUCGCGCACACCUACGUAGUGGAGAUGUACGCAGUACCGAAUAGCUGUGAAAAUUAAAGCAAUCUUCGUUUUUUGUGUGUUUUGGUGUCCGUUUGUGCGUGCGUGUGAGUGUAAAUGUGUAUUAUUGAGGCUAAGUGAACAAAAGUGUGCACGCAACAUGAAUAAGGGAUAUAAGAGAAGAUGCUAAACUAGUGACCACAGACUUGCGUUACCCGUGAGCAGAGUGAGUGUGCAAUGGUGUGAGCCCCCCCACGGGUGGUUUUCCCCCGAUGUUUUGCUUCCGAAACGACUGUGCGUAUGAUAACUCCAAAACCUAACCUCAAUCAUGUAUCAAGAGCAAUGUGUGCGGGAGCGGAUGUACGCAGCAGCGCCACCAUCGUCGACUAGAUCGUCCGCGUGUGGAUCGACGCGGGUGCGUUGCCCACCUUAGCUGGGUGGGAACGGGGUACGGAGGCCCACCGCAGCCAUUUUAUACAAACUAACAAUUUAUCCACCACACUACAGUGCCGUUAAAUCUGUCCAGAGGUACGGUGUUUUAAGUUUUGUUGGUUUUACUGGCGACAGACAUAGUUUCAUCUUUCCGCGUGUGUCGAAAAACGCUGCGUUAUCACUAAACCUGUGUCUAGUGACGCGAACCUCCAGUACAGGGGAUACACUGUGCUGGAAGUGGAGUAAACGUUCCCCUGUGUACUCGGUAUUGCAGCCAGUGCUGCCGAAUGUUCCCAGUGCGUGUUGUGAAAGAUUCAGUGUUUGAGCAUCGGUACAUACACAGGUUGGACCAUACUGGUGGAUAGAAGAAAGGAUUCCCCUGCGUGUAUCAUCGGAACCGGGUGUCGUUAGGUGUAGUCCGUCAGUUGAGGACACCCUCGGAACAAGAUGGCCGAACAGCAUCGGAACCGGGGCUGUGGGCGCUCGUACCAUUGCCGUGUUGCGCUGACCGGUUUCCGUGUGCGGUUUGGGCUCAUCGUACCACUGCUAACCGUACCACUGUUCCUGGGUCUCGUGCACGGCGAGGAGCAGACGACGGAAAUUACGUCCGAAGGUGUCGGUCACUAUACGGGCAAGUCUGACCAGACACAAGCUGGCCCGAAUCAGCUCGGUGCAGCAUGGCAGAUAUUUGGUUCGAACUCGAUGCGUCAGUCGGGUGAAGGGCGCGUCGUGAAGACGAAGCCUCGCAAACCGAAACCGUACCAGAAGGAUAUCCGACCGCAGCUGCCACCGGGCAAGAUAAUGAUGGCGCCACCGAGGCGUCGCACCUUUCACCAGGCAACGCAGUACCCGAAGAAUGCGUCGAUCGCGAUCGAUCGUAGUGCGGGACUGUCGCAUCAUCCGAUCGGUAGCCAUGCUGCCGGCGGUAAUGUGUACGGGUCGAUGUCACACUACGACACCGUGUACGGUAUACGGGGCGUCGAACGACGGGAUAAUGAUGGGUUCCGGCCGUUCGAGCGUUACGGACCGAGCGCUCAUCUCGGCCACUACCACAUCCAACCGGACGAUGAUAUCUUCCGGCCGGAUGACGAACUGCUGAUGGAGUCCGGUGGUGGUGGUGGUGGCGCAGCCGGCAAGGUCGAUGGGUUGGCCGGGAUCGAAAGCUGCGACAUCAAGUGUGAGCCGCGCGAGUUCACCUGCGACAAAAGCUGCGCCUGUAUCCAUAUGGAUCUGCACUGUGACGGGCAAGCGGACUGUGUGCUGACGGAGGACGAGCAGAACUGCGAGAUCGUGCACCAGCGGUUAGCCCAACAGAUCAAGGAUAAUUGCGAAACGAGCGGCACACACGUCAUCUGUGCUACCACGCACACCUGCAUCUCGCGCGACUGGCUGUGCGACGGCGAUGAUGACUGCGGUGACUACACGGACGAGACACACUGCGGGUCACGGCUCGAGUGUACCGAGGAGAAGUUCGAGUGUCAAAAUGGCAUGUGCAUACCGCGCGACUGGGUGUGUGACGGUGACAACGACUGUAACGACCUUUCGGAUGAGAAGAACUGCACCAAACAGUGUACACGGGACGAGUUCCGGUGCAAGGAUGGUUCCUGCAUCUCCGCAUCGUUCCAGUGCGAUGGCGAAACGGACUGUAUCGACGAGUCGGACGAAGCGAACUGUGACCGGCCGAUGCAGAGCUGCCCGGAGGGUGAGUUCAAGUGCAAGGGUGCGCUCGGUGGUAUGGGCGGACCGGGCGGCCGGUGUGUGCUGAUGCGUUUCCGGUGCGACGGUGACAACGAUUGUGGCGACUGGAGCGAUGAGGAAAACUGUCCGAAGAAGCAGGUCGACUGUAUGAUCAACGAGUUCAAGUGCGAUGAUGGUGACUGUAUACCGCUGCAGUGGCGCUGCGAUGACAAGCAGGACUGUAACAAUGGCGAGGACGAGAAGAACUGUCCGGUGGAUCGGAUCGCUGGCAGGACCUGCUCACCGGACGAGUACACGUGCAAGGAUGGUCGUUGCAUACUGCGAUCUUGGGUGUGUGAUGGUACGGCUGACUGUCGACGGGGUGAAGAUGAGCAGGACUGUGACAUCAAGUGUGAGCUGAACCAGUUCCUGUGCCCGUCCGGCAGCAGGAAUAGUACGCGCGACUCGAGUGUGUGCAUCAACCAGAAGCAUGUCUGCGACGGUCACAGCGACUGUGCAAACGGUGAGGACGAGAUGCGAUGCCCGAUCGUACAUCCGUGCGGAGCCCACUCACGGUGCGAGCAGCUGUGCGUAACGGCUUACAGUGGGCGCGAGGAGUGCAUGUGUCGGCCGGGCUAUCUGCUGCACGGUAACGGCUAUAACUGUACCGACAUCGACGAGUGUACGAUCACGAGCAAUCCGGUCUGCUCGCAGGAGUGCAUGAACGUGGCCGGCAGCUUCCGUUGCUCGUGCCAGGCCGGGUACGUACUGCGACCGGAUCAGCGCACGUGCAAAGCGGUCGGUGGUUCGGUAAAGCUGCUGAUGGCAAACCGGGCCGACAUACGGCAGGUAUCGCUCAGCAACAACCAGUACACGUCGAUCGCGAAAGGUUUACCGAAUGCGAUCGCGCUCGAUUAUCACUAUCGGCAGGAUUUGCUGUUCUGGACGGAUGUGUCGAUCGAUGUGAUCAAGCGAUCGCACCUGAACGGGAGCGGCGUCCGGGACGUGAUCAAAUGGGGCUUAGAAUCGCCCGGUGGUCUAGCCGUUGAUUGGAUCCAUGAUUUGUUGUUCUGGACGGAUUCGGGUACGCGCCGUGUCGAGGUAUCGACACUGGACGGGCAGAUGCGUGCCGUCAUCGCGGCAAGCGAUCUGGACAAACCGCGCGCCAUCGCCGUCCAUCCCGGGCGGGCACUCGUUUUCUGGACCGAUUGGGGUACCGCACCGAAGAUCGAGCGUGCCUAUAUGGACGGUUCCGACCGGCAAACGAUCAUAGCUGAAGCGAUCUUCUGGCCGAAUGGGCUAACGAUCGAUUACACGAGCAGCCGGAUCUACUGGGCAGAUGCCAAGCACGUGAUCGAGAGUGCAAACUUCGAUGGACGGGCACGGCGCAAAAUAUUAAGCAACAACCUUCCCCAUCCGUUCGCGCUCGCACUGUUCGAAGAUUCGAUGUACUGGACAGAUUGGCACACGAAAACGAUAUCGACCGCAAGCAAGGUGAACGGGCGUGGGUUCCGCGUUGUCCACGAGGGUCUACACUUUCCGAUGGGCAUCCAGAGCUAUCACCCGUCGCGGCAGCCCGACUUCACGAACCGCUGCGCGAUGGACAAAAGUGGACGGAAGGGUGGCUGUUCGCAUCUGUGUCUGCCGGCCCGUACCCAUCGCCGGUGUGCCUGUCCGAUCGGGUUAACGUUGCGGCCGGACCAGAAGACGUGCUCGACCGUACCGGACAAGCUGCUGCUGAUCGCGCGCAAAAAGGACGUCCGGGUGCGUCAGCUCGAUGCGGCGAAUCCGGUCGACAUGGUGCUACCGCUCGACGGUAUCAAAUCGACCGUUGCCGUCGAUUGGUGCAGCCGCACGAACGUCAUCUACUGGACGGACGUCGGCAAAAGCAUGAUCAGCCGGGCGUUCAUCAACGGCAGCCAGCAGGAGGCGAUCGUAAAGUCGAACCUGAUCUCACCGGCCGGGCUCGCGCUCGACUGGGUGACGGACAAAAUCUACUGGACCGAUCCGGGUACGAACCGUAUCGAGGCGGCAACAACGGACGGCCGGCAGCGAGCGCUACUGAUCUGGGAACGGCUGGACAAACCGCGUGAUAUCGUUGUACACCCGGGCGAAGGAUACAUGUUCUGGUCCGACUGGGGUUCAAACCCGCUGAUCGAACGGGCCGGCAUGGACGGCAGUGGCCGGUUUACGCUUGUGUCGGAAAAUCUACAGUGGCCGAACGGGCUGGCACUCGACGUGGAUAAGCAGCGGCUGUACUUCCUCGACGGCGGUACCAAAUCGCUCGAGUACGUCAACUACGACGGUACAGGGCGUAACCGGUUGAUUACCGAGGGUUUGAAGCAUCCGUUCGGGCUGGACGUGUACGAGAAGCGUGUCUACUGGACGGACUGGGACACGCACAGCAUACAGGUGGCAAACAUGUACAAUGGUCACGACCGCCGCACCAUACUCGCCAACAAUACCGAUCUGAUGGACAUCCGUGUGUUUCACCGGAACAGACGCGAUUCGCGCAAUCCUUGUGCACACAAGAACGGUGGCUGUUCAUACAUCUGUCUGCUUAAUCCAACCAGCUACAGCUGUGCCUGUCCGAUCGGUAUCCAGCUUAAGGAUAAUGGCAAAACGUGUAAGAGUGGACCAUCCAACUACCUUGUGUUUGCACAUCGUACCGAGGUCCGACAGGUGUCGCUCGACAGUGACUAUCAGAUUGAUGUGGUACUACCUUUGCCACCGAUCUCGAACGUUGUGACACUAGACGUUGAUCGGCGUACGGGCGAAAUCUACUGGGCCGACACGAUCGAGGACGUCAUCAUGCGUUCCACACCGGACGGUAUGCGGAUCAAGCAGAUCUACAGUGAGAGCAUGACCAGCGUUGAUGGUCUCGUGAUCGACUCGAUUGGCCGUAAGCUUUACUGGACGGACGCCGAACGGAAGGUGUUGGAGGUGAGCGAUCUCGAGGAAGGCAUCCGUAGCGCAUUGGUGUGGAAAGAGCUGGAACAACCGCGCGGUAUUGCACUCGACUACGAGUCGGGCUAUCUGUUCUGGUCGGAUUGGGGUGCGAAUCCACGCAUCGAACGUUCCGACAUGGACGGUGAGAACCGGAUCGAUCUCAUCACGGAAGGGCUCGGGUGGCCGAACGGGCUUGCGGUUGAUCGUUCGGCGAAACGGAUCUACUGGGCAGACGCGCAGAUGAAGACGAUCGAGUCGUGCACGUUUAGCGGUGGGCUACGGACGAAGGUGGUGGAGAAUCUGCCCCAUCCGUAUGCACUCGCUGUGACAGCGCGUACCAUCUACUGGACCGAUUGGAUCACGAAGGCACUACACUCGGUACCGAAAUCUAACCCGGCCCACAUACGCAACGUGACGCACGGUUUAGAGGGUUUGAUGGAUGUGAAGGUCGUGCAGGAGGACGAGGAACGCCAUCUGGAGAAUGUGUGCGGUGCGAGUAAUGGCGGAUGUUCACAUCUCUGUCUGCGCAAUCCAACGGGCUAUUCGUGCAAAUGUCCGACCGGUUUGACGAUGCGCGAAGGUAGUACGACCGAGUGUAAAACCCUGCCAGAUGAGUACCUGCUGAUCGCACUCCGUUCGGGUAUUGGACGUAUCUCGCUCGAUACACCGGAUCUGUUCGAUGUAGUACUGCCGAUCGAAGGUGUCCACGGUGCCGUCGUACUUGAUUACCAUUUUGACAGCAUGUACGUGUUUUACGCUGACGUGAACGUGGAUGCUAUACGACGCGUCAACAUGCAUAACUACUCGGACACGCAGGUAAUUGUGUCGAGCGGGCUAAACACACCGAACGGCAUUGCGGUUGACUGGCUGGCGGAUAAUCUUUACUGGACCGAUACGGCACUGAAGAAGAUCGAAGUCGCCCGGCUGGAUGGUUCAUGCCGGAAAGCGAUCCUCACCGAUGGACUGGACGAUCCACGCUCGAUCAUUCUGUACCCGAAGCGGGGCUUCGUCUUUUGGGCCGACUGGGGCCAAACGCCGAAGAUUGAGCGUUCGUACAUGGACGGUUCCGAGCGGCGCAGCAUCGUUGACUUUGAGCUAGGCUUUCCGACCGGUCUCGCAAUCGACUUUGACGCGAAGAAGCUCUACUGGGCGGAUGCACUGCAGGAUCGUAUCGAGCUGUGCGACUUUGACGGUCGACGUCGCCAGCAGGUUGUCUCGCACGCGACACAUCCAUUCGGGUUCACGCUAACCGCGACCCACCUGUACUGGACAGACUGGUACAACAAGUCGGUACUGCGCGCACCGAAGUACAGCGUGUCGAACGUCGAGGUGGCACGGUUUAGUUUGCGCGGUGCGCUUGAGAUACGGGCCGUGUCUGGCCAGCGGCAACCGCACGAUUGGAACCCAUGCCGGCGAGAUAAUGGCGGUUGUUCGCAUCUGUGUCUGUACGCGGAGACGCGAUAUGUUUGCGGCUGCCCGGACAUACCGGAUGCGCACCAUUGCGAUCUUGAACCGACCUUCCUGGUGCCGAUGAAAGCGAACGACGAGAUGCUUUCGGCGAGCGAGGAAAAACCCGGCCGCUCGAACGGUGGUAUCGUGUUGACCACCAGCAGAAUGCACGCACAGCUAGUCAUUAUAGCGACCGCCAUCUUGGCUGGGUUGCUUAUCAUCGUUAUCAUCGCCAUCCUAGUGCUGAUUGUCAACUCGAAACGCAAACAGAGUAAGAAAAGCUCGCGCAGUGCCAGCGAUGUGCUUACGUUUACCAACCCAAACUACAACGGUAUCGAAGGACUUUGUCAGGCGGGCGAUGCUGGAUCGUCCCGCAACACCAUCUGGAAGCGGCUAAAGUACGAUCGUGCACAGGAGCGAGUUUUUGAGGAAAAGUAUCUGGGCGUUCAGCAUCACGGUACCAGCAACGGAAGCUACCUAGCGUCGACACCCACGUCCCAGAUCACACCAGUGUCGGCUGUUCUUCCCGUUUAAAGCGUGGUCUAAAGAGGUUUUGGGCCGAACGAAUGCUCCUGUUUACAUUGGGUGUAUAGUUCCUGUUGUUCGCCGAUGCGUUCACAAACGACACUAACAAUUCCGAUUGCAUUGCGCUUUCCAUUAACUAACGUCCUUCUCUGACCUAUCUGCGACGCAGAAAAGAAACCAAACGUAGAGCCCAAAAUCGCAACAUCUGGACCUUAUCCAUACGAAAAACCAUGAAACAGACUGGGACACAAAUUGGGAAUGUUAUGACUAUACAGGCAGCUAAUUCACCACAUCGUUAAAGAAAACAAACAAACAAAAAAACAGAAUAUUAAGCUAACAUUUCAAUUCAAUGAAAUACUCUAGAACGUAACAAGGUGACAGUUGUAGCGCAUUUGUCAAAGGAAAAGGGUAGUGUACCCAACGUCACUAAACACUGAGGCAACCAAAAAGAGAGUGAAAAAAAAACUCAUAAAAACCAAACAACAGUGGGCCGACGUAGUGUCCAAUAAGACGGAAAACAUUCGAUUUUGUUUAAAAAUUUCCGUUUGAAGCGUUGCAUACUCCCAUACAUGCGUGAACAUGCUGUGAACUAUCCGGUGGUUGCGAAAGAGGUAACGAUACAAUGUAGUAGUGUCGCACCACCGACCAUGUUUCGUUACACGUUUAAAUACACUUAAGCCCAUCAGCAACCUUUCCACCUACGCUCGGUUUACUAUGUCCAUUUACAACAAAGAACGGCAACACAUAAUGCGGCCAAAAGCAAGAUGUCCUUUCAACCACAAGUUACCGUCUUUAUAUCCUUUGUGUGCGUAUGAAAGACACACCGACAUACGCCCAGAACACGUACACAUACAUGUUUGUACGCGUAGCUAGUGGCCCCUACGGGCCAUAGUGACAUAUGGCCUGUCAGUGGGUCCCGGUACCGCGUAAGCAUUUUAGUAAGUAAAACUUGUAUAUUUGUAGGUGAUCUGUACACGUGUACUAUGUGUUUUCAAUUCAUCCUGCAUGAAUUUGUACUUAAGAAUGGUAACAAACUGAAACUAACACAAGGAAGCAAAACAAACAAAACAAACACAAAGAAAUUCAGAACAAGCAAACAAAACUAAACUAAACAAGGGCAACGAGUAUAGGUGUAGGUGGGGCGAUGAACUUGAUACGACUAUAUAGGAGGCUGUGUUGUGUACCAAUAUGACGUGUGGGUGUGUGAGUGUGCUGCCGUAGUAGUGCAUUAGAACCACUAAGUAGCAGGUUUUGACAGCCGGCGCCAUUAGUGUGCCGAACGUUGGAUCUAGUGCACACGCUCUCAUCCCGUGUGUCGGUGGCUCCGGACCACGGUGAUCGAGCGCGGUACACUAAUAUCCGAGGUCUUUAAUGUAGCGUUUACUGGGCGCGUUUAUGUAACGCGUCGUCCAUAAUCAUACGCACUUGCGCGCAUACACACACACACGCACACGUCAAACAUAAAAAAAAAACUCAAAACUCUUCGAUGCUAAUUGAUCGAGAGCUAACUACGUUAUUAGUAGCGGAUACAUUAGAUGAAGAUGCGGAUGCUAUUUCCGGUGCCAAAUGAAACAUAGAGGGAAAGGGAGAAUGAGAUAAGGGAGUGUGAACUAAUAUACACUCACGUGUCAAAAUGGCGCACAUGGUUUAUUGUAAAAGUGAAAACGGUACUGCGCAUAUGGCGCUAUGCAGGAACUGCUGUGAAUUGUCCGUUCGUAGCAGUACGCAGGAAGACACGUUUCUGUGUUUCUGAUUCAUUUCCUUACGUACACUUGUUUGAUCUACAGGCGCUCAGUUAGCAUGUUGAAACUAUUGACUGAUUAUCAAUGUAUGUAUCUAGUUUAAUGCGGAAGGGUGAGGAUUAAAACACAUACACCGACACACCAGGGUGCGGUUAGUUAAGGUACCGAAAGGGCGAUGAGAAGCUUUACGAUCUUAAAUGAUCAUUGCGGUGAAGGUCCUUGGACAAAAUACCUCGGACAAUUUGGCUGGAGUUGGGCACAUCGUUUUCAAGUUUUCUGUUGUGACUGGUAACCCCUGCAAAAUGGAACCCGGUGGAACCCAACCUAUAUUUGUAUGUGUGUUUGUGGAUCCAUUGUGGGUGCAUACGGGAUGAAUAGGAAAGGGAUUGAAAUAUUUAUUGUAAAUACUGCACUACAUUACAAAGACACAUGUUCACACUAAGCAUCCUCUCUCUUCCUUACAAACACACUCACACACAUGCUACAUAUUUAGUGCACCAACUGGUCUAAGUGGAUAGUGACGUCUAAGUAUCCUAAGUUGAUUUUGUUAGUUAUGAUCAGAUGUCUCUUUUUGUUGAAGUUUUGAGUUGUUUUUUUUGGCCGUUAUACGACUUUGGCAUUGCGACGGAUAAGCGGGCCUAUUUUUUAUAGCUCCUCCAUAAGUGAGCAAACCUGGCGUAGCUCAAUUUAUAGCAGUAUGAAGAAGUGAAAUAUUGAUCAUAUUUUGCCUUGUUGAUUGCAGACAUGUAUUCGCAUUAGCUCAUAUGAACUACCUGUUUGCAAUGAACUUUGCACGACGCGAUUGUUAUUACAUUGAACCUGUUUGCUUGUUUUACUGAGCUACACUAGUAUUUGCUUACGCUCGCGGAUCUCUAGAACUGUCAAGCUCAGUCUGACCGGCAAAGUCUGUUUAUAAUAUCGAGACUUGGUUUUCAUACACACUCAUGUUCCAUUGCUUACCAUCAUGUGAUGGUGUUUGCUCUAUAUGUUGAUGAUUGCUUGAUAAACUUCAUUCAUACACUCUCACGAACAUAACUAAAGGUUUACAAGAGUGCUAAAUUAUUUAGCUCGGUAUGACGAACAAACGCCCGACAUACUAUUGCCACUUUCUAUUUAUACUACUUCAAAUGUGAGGCAAAACAUUCUUCAAGAUGUUAUUUAACGUUUUUUUCAUAAAUGUAAACAAUAAGCAAAUGAAGAGGUAAGCCCUGUACCACAACCGGCCUAAACCGUUGCUGUGGAAAGCUUUGUUACAGCAUCUCAAUCAAGGGGCUCUAAAUUGAGGUGCAAAUGAUCAAGUUUUCCUCACCAUAACGAUUUACGAUGCAUGACGGGGUUGGGAGACGUGACUGUUGUUUCGUUUUGUUUUUUUCUUCUUACGUUUCUUUGUUCUCUUCUCAUAGAUAUACUAUUUGUUUAACGUGCAACGUGUUUUGCUCAUGUUAUUCAACUGAACUCAUUACCUUAGGUGCGUAAACAAGUUGGAGCGAUGACACGGCUGUCCAGAUGACAGCUGUCAUCUGCGUUAGUACUUGAUGGACAAGUUGACAAGUGUAGUGAUGUUGGAACGAUGAACGGGGAUAACAGCGAAUCGAAAAACGCAUUUUUCAUGCAUUUUUUGAAUCCGAUCGCAUUAUCAGAAUGCGCGUUUUAGUGCAAACGUAGAGACGUACGGAUAUCUGUGCAAGUAUAAAUUAAGCAACAAAACCGUAACCAUAUUUGGGGAAGCGUUGACAGGUUUAACUGGAACGAUGGAAUGUUAUAGAUAUAUCGCAACGAUUGAAAUGAGAAGAUAAAUCACCAAAGAGGCUCUAAACGGGAUGUAUCCGAUCUCGCUUCCAUUGAUGCUGAUAUAUUGCGGAGUGAAAUGCUGGCAGGUAACGUUAAUGUUAGAGUAUUUCUUUUUCUUAUUUUUUUAUAAUCAGUAAAUGAUAUCAUCGGGAAGGUUACAAAUCGGCCGUCCCAGUUUAUAUAUGUAAAAAAAAGAAACCAAAAAAUGGAAAACAAAAGGGAAAACAGCCAGCGGAUACAAAUGUUAGCAGCGAACAGGUCUCUCCGAAUGAAAUUUGCGUCAGGCUCUACAAAUUUUAUUACCGCAGAGAUGUUCGCAACGGAUAAAGAAAACUGAGAUUUAGCAUAAGCGAGAAAGAGAGAGAGAAGGGGAGAGGAAACAACCAUAACAAAGAAAAAUAUAGUGUAGAGCGUUCCAAAAUGCUAACGUAAUUGAAUCAUGAUUGUAAAAGGAUGUGAAUAAUUUAUUACUACCUUAUAUAGUGAUAUAGGGGAUACAAGUUUUGGCAGGGUUAGUAACUGGCUUGUGAAAAAAGAGAGAGAGAGAGAUAGAGCCCUGCGCUUAAUCACAAUCUCUUGUUUGAUGCUCGUUUUAAACAUCAUUUCUAGAUAUAUAGGAGGUCCAGUUAAAGUGGACAGUAAGGACAAAACCGAAAAAACAUCUACGCAAUGCAUUUAACGUGAAAGCAUAUGAUUUUGCUAUUACACAUAUAAGAAGAAAAACAACCCAAAACAAAACAAAACAAAACAAAACACAUCGGUGCAAAAACAAACACUGCAAACACAACAGGACAAAACAUAUACUUGAUAGAUUUCGCUAUGAUACAUGAAUGAUGUGUUAAGGUGCCGAAGCAAAAGGGUGAGGCAGAACGUUAGAGAAAGAAUUGAUAGAAUGCAAAUCGAUGGAAAUAACGAAACCCAGAACCUAAACGAAACAGUUACAAGCAAAGCAAACAAAAUCACAUUUACAUGCGAGUGAAAGAGAGUCGAAGAAUGAAUUAACGAUCGAAUGAGCUGCAAAGCGCACCUAACAUAAGUUUGAACGUAAUGAGAAUUAUUAAAUUUGAUAACCUCGAAGAGGACAUAGCAAGAGCGUAGCAAAAGCAUACAAAAACAAAUGGGCAAACGUGAGAAUGAAAAAUCAACAAAAACGAAGCAAAACGAAACAAACGAAGCACAACAAAAAAAAAAAGGUGAAUUGGAAAAAAACAAGUGGAGGUCAGUGAGUCUAACUCGCAAAGAUUCAGAUGAUAUUUAUAUUUUUAAAGAAAACCAAACAAAAAAGUGAAUAGUACUGCAUUUAUUAGGAACAAAAGAAAACUCGUUUAAAACUACAAAUGAAGAGAAAUGACAAGUGAAACACGUGAAAGGAAGGAACAUGUGCAAAAUGAAGAAAAACACAAAACGAAUGUUUGCAAAUGUAAAGCAAAGGAGGUGCAAAAAUUCUUAAAUCAAUGUAUAUUAGGAAUUUACAAACACAAACCGCAAACAACAAACAAACAAACAAAAUCUCAACCAAACAAACACUUACACACAAAAAAAACAAAAAAAACAAACGAAAACAAGGAAAUAUGCUAAGGAAUCAUGACACACCAAUAAGCUCAACUAAAAGCAACCGAAGGACGGGAGAAAAGUGAAACAUAACUACCAUCACAACUGAAGAACAAAAGAUAAAAGAAAACAACAAUAACCUUGUGAGAAAAAAAUAGGAAUGUGUAAACGAAAAAAAAAUAACAACAACAAAAACAAACAGGCGACGAUUGUUAUGUUACAGAUAGAGGUGGACAUGGAAGAUGAAAUUGUACAUCAAGCGAAGAAUCGAUUACCCAACAAGGUACCAAGAUUAGAAAUAGCCAGUGGCCACAUACACAUUCGCAGCACAUAUACACACUAAACAAUUCAAGAGCUCAUCCGUUAGUGAACUCAUCUUUCGACGUUAAGUUUUUUUUCGUUGAUUGUUGCAGUUAUACGUUUCUGAUAGGUAAAUGAUUUGGUGAUUUAAUUUAUUUGUUGUUUAACAGCUUGUUUAAGAGUGAAUUUCAGUGCACUUGGUGCGCUCAUCAUGGACGCCUUUCCGAGCAGUGUCAAAUGGUAUGAUUGUUUGAAAUUGCAUUGCAAACGUCAGCUGUCAAGUGCGCACGUUACUAAAGGUGUUAUUUGGAUUAGUAGAAUUUAGGAAAUGGACUGGUUUGGUUUGAAUGGUAUGACAACGAACUGUAUGCAGAAAGGCUCGGAAUGGGAUCUUGUACUACAUGUGACUAAUUUUUUAUUAUGUUAAAAAUGCUCACUGCUUAGUUCACAGUAACAGCAUGAUGUUGUUUACUACUCGUACGUUAAUUAUGUGAUCUAUUUUAUGAAGUCGAACGUUUCCUGAUUAUACGCUCAGUUACUCUAGUAAUGAUUCAAUCAUUGACAUACACACACAUUCAUAACAAACACUGGAGAAAAAAAUAUCUCAAUAAUCACAGAUGCAUUCCAACACAUACCAACUAUGCUGACAUUUCAGCUCACACAGCUAUUACUUAGCAAAUUGACUGGAAGGGAAGAUGAAGGUAAUGGGCGAUUCUACCGCAGUGGAUAAUCUAGGUCAGGUGACGAUAAUUAACACUGAUUCAAACAUACACACAAACAUUUGCAUCCAUUCACACCAAAGCACACAUUUCAGCCAUUGGAGUAUGAUGGUAUGUCAUGAUCGGGGUCAAAUUGCGGACAUAGGCCAGUGCGACAAGGUUGCAGUCGUACGUGUGUACGCUAGGCAAACGAGAGCAGUGAUACGGUAGGCAGGAAGGAAACGGGAAUUGCAGUGACGUAUGAACAAACCACUAAGAAAAACUGAAUAACAUUGUAAUGAUAAAGAGAAAGAAAAAUUAAAUAUUAAUAAAUGUAUUUUAAAUGUUAA